CGCAUUGUUUCGGCCUAGCGAUGCCGCCGUAGUUCACGUGGCCCGGCGCGCGUGCGUGUGGGCGACUCUGCGCCUGUCAGGGGACACCGCAGGAAGCGGGCGAGAGAAGACGGAGCCGAACCCUCCGCUCAGUGACACCGGGGCCGCCCGCCUGCCUGCUUCUGUCCCGCCAUGAAGUCCCGCUUCAGCACGGUCGAUAUCCGGGCGGUGAUAGCUGAGCUGCGCCAGAGCUUGUUGGGAAUGAGGGUGUACAAUGUUUAUGAUGUGGAUAACAAGACGUAUCUCAUCCGUCUUCAGAAGCCAGACCUCAAGGCUACACUUCUCCUGGAAUCUGGUAUAAGGAUUCACACGACAGAAUUUGAGUGGCCCAAGAACAUGAUGCCUUCUGGCUUUGCAAUGAAGUGCCGCAAACAUUUAAAGACCAGAAGGCUCGUGAAUGUGCAGCAGCUCGGUGUGGAUAGAAUAGUUGAUUUCCAGUUUGGGAGUGAUGAAGCUGCCUAUCAUCUGAUAAUAGAGCUCUAUGACAGGGGCAACAUUGUUCUUACUGACCAUGAAUACCUAAUCCUGAAUAUCCUGAGGUUUCGGACAGAUGAAGCGGAUGACGUCAAGUUUGCUGUGCGGGAACUCUACCCGGUCGAUAACGCUAAAGCCUCCGCACCGUUGCUCAGUUUGGAAAGGUUGACAGAAAUAAUAACCAGAGUACCAAAAGGGGAACAGAUAAAGAGAGUCCUGAACCCUCAUCUUCCUUAUGGAGCCACACUUAUUGAACACUGCCUUAUAGAAACAGGAUUUUCAAGUAACACCAAAACAGAACAGAUAGAAAGUAAAGACAUUGAAAGGGUACUUGCUGCUUUACAGAAGGCUGAAGAAUAUAUGAAGAUAACUGACAACUUUAAUGGCAAGGGCUAUAUCAUCCAGAAGAGGGAGAAAAAGCCAAGCCUUGAACCCACCAAACCUGCAGAAGAAAUCCUCACAUAUGAGGAAUUCCACCCCUUGUUGUUUUCGCAACACAAGAAAUGCCCGUGCGUGGAGUUUGAAUCUUUCAACAAGGCAGUGGAUGAAUUUUACUCCAAGCUAGAAGGACAGAAGAUAGACCUGAAGGCUUUGCAUCAGGAGAAACAAGCCCUGAAGAAGUUGGAAAAUGUUCGGAAGGACCACGAGGACAGACUUGAAGCUCUUCAUCAGGCUCAGGAAAUUGACAAGGUGAAAGGCGAACUUGUGGAGAUGAACUUAGAGAUAGUCGACCGAGCCAUCCAGGUGGUCCGGAGUGCCUUAGCCAAUCAGAUUGACUGGACGGAGAUCGGGACCAUUGUCAAAGAAGCCCAGGCCCAGGGGGAUCCCGUGGCGAGUGCCAUCAAAGAGCUGAAGCUGCAGACAAACCACAUCACGAUGCUCCUGAAAAACCCAUACUUGUUCUCAGAAGAAGAGGAGGAGGAGGAGGAAGCUGAAGAGGAGGUGACGGAAGAGCCAAAGCGGGGGCGGAAGAAGAGGAAUAAAGCCAAACCACUCCAGAAGCCCCAGAAGAACAAGCCCUUGCUGGUGGACGUGGAUCUCAGCUUGUCUGCUUAUGCCAAUGCCAAAAGGUACUACGAUCACAAGAGACAUGCAGCCAGAAAAAGCCAGAAAACCGUGGAAGCUGCAGAGAAGGCCUUCAAAUCAGCAGAAAAGAAGACUAAGCAAACGCUGAAAGAAGUUCAAACAGUUACCACCAUUCAGAAAGCUAGAAAAGUUUACUGGUUUGAGAAAUUCCUGUGGUUCAUUAGCUCUGAAAAUUACCUUGUGAUAGCUGGAAGAGACCAACAACAAAAUGAAAUGAUCGUCAAGAGGUACCUGAGGCCAGGUGACAUCUAUGUUCAUGCUGAUCUCCACGGAGCAACCAGUUGUGUCAUAAAGAAUCUAACAGGGGACCCCAUCCCUCCACGGACACUCACUGAGGCAGGCACAAUGGCUCUGUGCUACAGCGCUGCGUGGGAUGCCCGGGUCAUCACUAGCGCCUGGUGGGUGUAUCAUCAUCAGGUGUCUAAAACGGCUCCCACUGGAGAAUACCUGACAACUGGAAGCUUCAUGGUUAGAGGCAAAAAGAAUUUCCUCCCCCCUUCAUAUCUGAUGAUGGGCUUCAGCUUCUUAUUUAAGGUGGACGAAUCCUGCGUGUGGAGACACAAAGGGGAGCGGAAGGUCAAAGUGCAGGAUGAAGACAUGGAGGCGGUAACCAGUAGCACCGGUGAACUGGCAGCAGAAGAAUUGGAGCCCUUAGAUGCACCAGAAGGAGAUGACAGCAGCAGCAGUGAUGGUGGUGAGAAGGAGGACCCCCAGGAUACGCCUGUGAAGGGGGAAGACCCGGCGGAAACCCACCAGCAGGAGGGUGACAGGAAAGGGGCGGGUGAUGCCCUGGCUCCAGAAGGGUCCUCUGAUGAGGAGUACGUUGACUCGGAAGAAGAGGGCAAAGGGGGUCAGGAACCAACAAGGAAUGCUUCGGAGGAGCCACAUUUUCCAGAUACAACCAUUGAUCUCUCGCACCUCCAGUCCCAAAGAUCCCAGCUGAAACAUGCUCCGAAAGAGGACACCUUAAGCUUGAACGAUAGCAAGUCCCACGGCCGGAGGCAUCUCUCAGCCAAGGAGAGGAGGGAGAUGAAGAAGAAGCAGCCGGCAAGCAACCGAGAUGAUGCAGACCUGCCCAAGGGGAAAGAGGAGGAGGAGGAGGAGGAUGGCGCUCAGCCUUCACCUCUGCCCAGCGCCAGCAAGAAUGCAGCAGGCACCCAGCUGCCCAUGAAGAGGGGGCAGAAGAGCAAACUGAAAAAAAUCAAGGAGAAGUACAAGGACCAGGACGAGGAAGACCGGGAGCUGAUCAUGAAGCUGCUGGGCUCUGCAGGGUCAAACAAAGAAGAGAAGCCAAAGAGAGCCAAAAAAGGGAAAGGAAAUCAAGACUUUGUGAAGAAGCAGCUCCAGAAACCACGAGGGGGCCAGAGGGCCACCAAUGAGGGGGUCAGGAUAGAUCACCUGUCCCUCGAGUUGCAGGACGCUGCUCUGGAGGAGCACCCAGAUGAGAAGGAGGAGCAUGACCAGGAUCAGCAUGUGAACGAGGAAGGGGAGACUCUGUUUGAUUCUCUGUCUGGGCAGCCCCACCUGGAAGACAUUCUCCUCUUUGCCAUUCCAAUCUGCGCCCCUUAUACCACCAUGACCAACUACAAAUACAAAGUUAAGCUGACGCCUGGCACGCAAAAGAAAGGAAAAGCGGCAAAGACUGCUCUGCACAACUUCAUGCAGUCCAGGGAGGCAACCCCAAGAGAGAAGGAUCUCUUUCGAAGCGUGAAGGAUACAGAUCUAUCCAGAAAUAUUCCAGGCAAAGUGAAGGUGUCAGCCCCUAAUCUCCUGAAUCUGAAAAAGAAGUGAGGGUAGCCGUUCACAGCUUUGCAGCCCUUCAGCCCCGGACUGUCUUUGCAAGGGCCACCGGUGACUUGCCUCGCUGCUGGUGCACCUUCCAGUUUUGCUAAUAAAUAAAAUCCAGUAAUAUGAGAUUGA